GUAACAGAAGUCUCAGACGAACCUUUCCAUUCCUCACUUACAUAAACAACGUAACAAUACUGUUAGAGACUGAAAUACCUAGCUUUUAAGAAGCCAAGAUGUCGUCCCGACCCGAGUUGAAGGUCGAUGAUGAACAUGGCUUCAUACGUUUCUUCAAGUCUUUACCAUCUGUAGGCGACGAAACCGUACGUAUAUUCGACCGAGGCGACUGGUACACAGCUCAUGGCGAAGAUGCCAACUUUAUCGCAAGAACGGUCUACAAGACCACCUCGGUCGUACGACAACUAGGACGAAAUGAUGCUAGCGGUUUAGCUUCAGUCACUAUGACCGUCACCGUAUUCCGACAAUUCCUACGAGAAGCCCUCUUUAAACUCGGAAAACGAGUUGAGAUAUACGCAAGUAGCGGUGGCCGACUGAACUGGAAGGUUAUCAAACAAGCUUCUCCCGGAAACCUACAAGAUGUUGAAGAAGAACUAGGCGGACAAUUUGAAUCCGCACCUAUGAUAUUGGCUGUCAAAAUAUCUGCGAAGGCCAGUGAAGCUAGGAAUGUUGGUGUCUGUUUUGCCGAUGCUAGCGUUCGAGAGCUUGGUGUUAGCGAAUUUCUCGACAACGACCUAUACUCCAACUUCGAAGCUCUACUUAUCCAGCUUGGCGUUAGGGAGUGUCUUAUACAGAUCGACAAGGCGGAAAAAGACAAAGACCCCGAGCUAGCUAAACUGAGACAGAUUAUCGACAAUUGUGGAGUUGCCAUAUCCGAAAGACCAGCCGGAGAUUUUGGGACGAAGGAUAUCGAGCAGGAUCUCGCUAGGUUACUCAAAGAUGAACGAUCCGCAACCCUGCUCCCCCAGACCGACCUCAAAUUAGCAAUGGGCUCAGCAGCAGCGCUGGUCAAAUACCUAAGCGUUCUUCACGAUCCUUCCAAUUUUGGCCAGUUUCAACUAUAUCAACAUGACUUAUCCCAAUUCAUGAAGCUCGAUGCUGCGGCGCUCAAGGCUCUCAAUUUAAUGCCAGGCGCGAGAGACGGUGCCAAGACUAUGAGUUUGUAUGGGUUAUUGAAUCACUGCAAAACACCUGUUGGUAGUCGGUUGUUAUCGCAAUGGCUAAAACAACCCUUGAUGAACAAAGAUGAGAUCGAGAAGCGUCAACAAUUGGUUGAAGCAUUCGUUAACGACACAGAACUACGCCAAACUAUGCAGGAAGAACACUUGAAGUCAGUGCCGGAUCUUUAUCGUUUGGCGAAACGAUUCCAGCGAAACAAGGCCAAUUUGGAAGACGUCGUCAGAGCAUAUCAGGUAGUUAUUCGCCUACCCGGAUUCCUAGGAACUCUUGAGGGGGUAAUGGACGAAAAAUACAAGGAUCCUCUGGACGAGACGUAUACCAACAAAAUAAGAGAGCUUUCCGAUAGUCUAGGAAAGCUCGCGGAUAUGGUGGAAACAACUGUCGAUCUUGAGGCCCUUGACAACCACGAAUUCAUAAUUAAGCCCGAGUUUGAUGACAACUUGCGCAUCGUACGAAGGAAACUCGACAAGCUCCGAUCUAACAUGGAUAAGGAAUUCCGAAAAGCGGCAGACGAUUUGAACCAAGAGGAAAACAAGAAGAUAUUCUUAGAAAACCACAAGGUUCAUGGUUGGUGUAUGCGACUGACGAGAACGGAAGCUGGUUGCAUUCGAAAUAAUUCUCAAUAUCAGGAGUGCUCAACACAGAAGAACGGUGUUUAUUUUACUACGAAGCAAUUACAAUCGUAUCGUCGGGAGUUCGAUCAGCUGUCCCAAACAUACGAUAGAACGCAAAGUGGCUUAGUCAACGAGGUUGUAAGCGUCGCAGCUUCUUAUUGCCCAGUGUUGGAACAGCUCGCUGGUGUCCUAGCCCACCUCGACGUCAUCGUGUCAUUCGCGCACUGCUCAGUCCAUGCACCCACAUCAUAUGUUCGGCCUACCCUUCACCCCCGAGGCGAAGGCUCUACGAUCCUGAAGGAGGCCCGUCACCCAUGCAUGGAAAUGCAAGACGACAUUCAAUUCAUCACCAACGAUGUCGAGCUCCGCCGCGGUGAGUCAUCGUUUCUGAUUAUCACAGGACCCAAUAUGGGUGGUAAAUCGACAUAUAUCCGACAGAUCGGCGUCAUCGCAUUAAUGGCUCAAGUAGGAUGUUUCGUUCCCUGCUCCGAGGCCGAGUUGACUAUCUUCGACUCAAUCCUCGCACGUGUCGGUGCUAGCGAUUCUCAACUAAAGGGAGUCUCAACUUUCAUGGCUGAAAUGUUGGAGACCGCCAAUAUCCUCAAGUCAGCCACCGCCGAAUCGCUUAUUAUUAUCGACGAGUUAGGCCGUGGUACGUCCACGUACGACGGUUUUGGUCUAGCUUGGGCCAUUAGCGAACACAUCGUCACUGAGAUCGGGUGUUCCGCUAUGUUCGCUACGCAUUUCCAUGAAUUGACAGCGCUUGCAGACCAGCAUCCUCAAGUCAAGAAUCUGCACGUUACCGCCCACAUUUCUUCCUCUUCAUCGGCUUCUAGUGAGAGCGUUGAUAAGAGAGAAGUAACGCUUUUAUAUAAAGUGGAGCCCGGUAUUUGCGAUCAGUCAUUUGGUAUUCAUGUAGCGGAGCUUGUCCGAUUUCCGGAUAAAGUAGUACGGAUGGCGAAGCGAAAGGCCGAUGAGUUGGAGGACUUUACGACAAAGCAUGAGAGUGAUGGGCCGGCGGGCAUGCAACAACAGUACGGAAAGGAAGAUGUGGAGGAAGGUAGCGCGAGACUGAAGGAGGUCCUUGUAAAGUGGAAGAAUGAGGUUGCUGGUGGAAGGAUGAGCAAGGAAGAGAUGAUAAGCCGGCUAAGGGAUCUGGUGAAGAAGGAUGAGAGAUUGUUACAAAACCCGUUCUUUACUGCUGUUAAGGCUUUGUAAGGGUUAAUGGUAUGAUACUUGAUGGAAAAGAGUACGGACGCUAUGACACGCCUCUGCUCACGGUAUGGAUGAUAUAAGGAAGGACUGUGCUAUAUAGGUAAUUGUGACGGCUUAGCCGGGUUCGGCGCUUGGAGGGUGGUAGGAAAUAUCUAGCUAGAUUGGCUGAGUGAGCUACGAUGCUAUGCUAUUUUGCUAGCAUGCUAUUUAAAAGUAUGGUAUUGUAGGGUUAUUGAAAAGAUACCUAAUAAUAGCCCGUGGUUCGAUCUAAUGCAUUCGUGAAACAAUUGUGAUGGUCAAGAGUCCUGUUGAGUAUCUGGGUGCUCGUCGUUUCACCACUUUCACUACAUUUACUGCUUG